AUGGGCCCGUGGCUGCGCGCGGCGGGGCUGGUGGCGGGCGCCACGCUGGCCUUCGCCGCGCUGCGCUGGGCGCUCGGCCGCUGCCCGCUGCCCGCCCACGUGCGCCGCGACGCCGUCCGCACCUGGCGCUGGAGGAACCUGCUCGUCUCCUUCGUGCACUCCGUCGUGGCCGGCCUCUGGGCCGUGUUGGGGGUGUGGCAGAUGCCUGGAGCCUUCGGUGAUCUUGUCCACGUGACUUCUCCUUCAGGACACUUGCUACUUUGCUUUUCAGCAGGUUAUUUCAUCCAUGACUCCCUUGAUAUCAUCCUGUGCCGCCAGUCCAGCGCCUCCUGGGAAUACCUGGUCCACCAUGCCAUGGCUGUGUCGGGCUUGUUUUCCGGGAUUUUGCUGAACCGCUUCGUAGCGGCUGGCCUGGUGUCGCUUUUUGUGGAGGUGAGCAAUAUCUUCUUGACCCUCCGGAUGAUGAUGCGCCUGGGCAACCUGCCUUUCCACACCUUGUACCAGGUCAACAAGUACAUCAACAUGGUAGUCUACUUCCUGUUCCGCCUGGCCCCCCAAGCCUACUUGACCUGGUACUUCAUCCGCUUUGUGGAGAUGCGCGGCCAGGGCGCCUUCCUUAUGGUCAACCUGGUGAUGCUGGAUGGCAUGAUCAUUGUGUACUUCUCACGCCUGCUGCGCUCUGACUUCUGCCCAGACGCUCGGAAACAGGGCCCGGAUAGUGAGAAGAAGUUCCUCAUAGACUAAGCGUCACCCAACAUUCCUGGCUACAGAGGCCACGAGAGAGAAUGGUUGUACUGAGAACCGUUGUCUGGUUCCACCACCGUCUGUGUGCCUUAACUGCCAAGGACUCCGCAUUCACUGUGAUGUUCCUGAAAGCUGUUUUCUUUCCUUGUUUUGGGCCGAGCGAGGUGGAGAGCUGCCCCGCUGCCUUAGCUGGGGCCGUGGCCUCGCAUAAGCCUUCAUUCCAGUAGAAAGGACCAAGCAGCCAGAUCUGGCCUUAGCUCAGCAGGAGGAGAGAGGAGGACUGGAAGGGAGGGUGGAGAGCAUUUGUCUCGCCUGUUGGUUAUUGGGAGUUUGGAAGUGGUGCAGGGAGGAGGGUUGUUUUGUGCAUUAAAAUCUGUUUGCAACCUGA